ACCUGAGAGUGUUGUUUGCACAUUACAUCGCGCUCUCACACAAACGCAUUUGUUUGACAUUUGAAUGUUGACAAACAAUAGUUGUUCAGUGUGCAAAUACAGGUUUUUGCGAUAUCGUGCCUGAAAAUGAAUUGCAUUUUAUGCAUAAAUGCAACAGCUGAAUUCAUUAACAUUCACGAUCGUAUCGGAAAAGCGUUAAACAUUCCCGAAGUAAUUUCCAAACAUUUCUGGUUUACGGUUGACGAAUCCAGUGAGACUCAUAUUUGUGUUGAUUGUUGGAAACACACGUCCUCAUUCAAUCUCUUCUACGACCGCGUCCUGGAUGCUCAUCGAAAGAAUUCUACCGAAAAUAUUAUUCCAAUUAAUCGACCAUUUGAAUCUCAAUAUCUGUCGACACUGCCAGGAACAGUUGCGGGAUAUCACCUUGGCAAACCAUUCAAGACUGAAGCGAUUGCAGAAGAUCAGCAGAAUGAAAACGAGAGUCCGAUGCCUCAUCUUAUUAAAUAUGAAUCGAUUGCACCACCUAAUGUAUCGCCAGUCACAGUAAAAUUGGAAAGUUGCUACGAUGACUCUACGCUCCACAAUGACGCCUCUUUCAAUGAUGACAGCGAUGACAACGAUGAUGGCACAGAGACAGACACUGAAACGAAUUCCAACACGAAAGACCGAGAUGAGACUGCAGAUACGGAUGAGUUGGACGUGGAGAGCAAAAUGGCAGACUAUUUCCGAAUGAAUUGUGAUUUAUGCUCCGUGGCGCUUGAGUCAAUGGCAGACAUUCAACAGCAUUUCAAAAACAUGCACAACAUCAACCGAGGCUAUUUAAGGUGCUGUGACUGCAGCAAUAGGAAAUUUCGUAUGCGGAAGCAAAUUGUGGACCAUGUUACAUGGCACUUAGAUCCGACUGCUUUUCAGUGCAAGAAAUGUUUGAAAACGUUUACGGAAGAGAGUCGUCUAGUUACCCAUAAGGCGUCCCAUCAUAUGGACGAUGACAAACUUAUAUUCAAUUGUCAUGUGUGUGAAAAGCGAUUCGGCAAGCAGCACAUUUUAAAUGAACAUGUGAGACGAGUUCACCCGCCGGACGACCAAAGCUUUGCGUGUGAUAUAUGCCAGAAAGAGUACAAAACGAAAAAGCUCCUUCACAACCACAUACAGACCGUACACAACCGUAAAGACACCAAACACAUCUGUGAUAUUUGUGCUAGAGUUAUGAGUUCCAAGCACUCACUCAAGGAACAUGUCAAAACGCAUACCGAUGGCGAGCGCUUCAAAUGCGACGAAUGUGGAUCGAUGCUGAAAAGUCAAUCGUCGUUGAUCAAGCACAAGAAAAUGCACACGGACGUCGAACAAACGUGCGACAUCUGUUUCAAAGUAAAACCGAACGCAUCGGCUCUGAGGAAUCAUGUGAGGAAUGUCCAUAGCGAGGCGAAGCACAAAUGCACGUAUUGUGACAAAGCGUUCAGACGGUCGAUGUCGUUGAAGGAACAUGUCGCCACCCAUACCGGAGAGGUCUUAUACACCUGUUCGUUUUGUUCGACCACAUUCAAAUCUAGCGCUAACAAGUUCAAACACUACAGACAAGUACACUUUGAAGAAUGGAAAGCUAACAAAAAAGUGAAGAAGUAGAACCGGCGAUCAAAGUUGUUACAUAUUCAAGUAGUCCCGUUCCAAAAUAAAAUUUUUGUUU